AUCCACUUCCGCUUCCGGCUGCGGGCGGCUGUGUGGCUCCGCCGCACCCCAAUCCCCGCCUGUCCUCAUUAAGCCCCUAACGAAGGAGCUCAUUAACGAAGGGACUCGUUAACUAACGAAGGAGCUGAUUAAUUAAUGAAAGAACUGGUUAAUUACCAAGCUGAUCCACCUAAAGAAGGAUCUGGUUAAGUAACGAAGGAGCUGGUUAAUUAAUGAAGAAGCUGGUUAAUUAUUGAGUAGUGGCACCUAACAAAGGAGCUGGUUAAUUAAUGAAGGAGGCUGUUAAUUACCAAAGGAAGGAGGCUAUUAAUUACUGAUGGAGAUGGAUAAUUACUGAGCGGAUCCACCUAACGAAGGAGCUGGUUAAUUAAUGAAGGAGCUGCUUAAGUAAUGAAGAAGCUGGUUAAUUACUGAGCGGAUCCACCUAACGAAGAGGCUGCUUAAUUACCAAAGGAGGCGACUAAUUACCAGAGGAGGCGAGUAAUUACCAAAGGAGGCGAUUAAUUACCGAUGGAGGCGAUUAAUUACUGAGCAGAUCCACCUAACAAAGGAGCUGGUUAAUUAACAAAGAAGCCUACUAAUUACCGAAGAAAGGAGACAGUUAAUUACUGAAGGAGGCACUUAAUUACUGAAGGAGACUAUUAAUUACUGAUGGAUACUAUUAACUAUCAAAGGAGGUUAUUAAUUACUGAAGGAGACAAUUAAUUACCGAAGGAAGGAGGCGGUUAAUUACCGAAGGGGGCUAUUAAUUAUCGAAGGGGGCCAUUAAUGACGGUAGGGGGCAAUUAAUUCCUUAAUCACUCCCCAAAUUAGGAGCCAUUAAUUACGGAAGAGGGCCAUUAAUAACAGAACGGGGCCGUAAAUUACAGCCAGGGGCUAUUAAUUCCUUAAUUACUCCCCAGAUUGGCAGCCCUUAAUUACAGAAGGGGGCAAUUAAUUCCUUAAUUCCUUAAUUACUCCCCACGUUAGGAGCUAUUAAUUACAGAAGGGGGCCAUUAAUAAGGGGGGCAUUAAUUACAAAAGGGGGCUAUUAAUUCCUUAAUUUCUCAAUUACUCCCCAAAUUAGGAGCCGUUAAUGACAGAAGGGGGCUGCUAAUUCCUUAAUUACUUAAUUCCUUAAUUACCCCCCUCAUUAGGAGCCAUUAAUUACCAAAGGGGCCCAUCGAUUACGGAGGAGGGCCGUAAAUUACAGCUGGGUGCUAUUAAUUCCUUAAUUAAGUUCUCCCCAGAUUGGCAGCCCUUAGUUACAGAAGGGGGCAAUUAAUUACUUAAUUCCUUAAUUACUCCCCAAGUUAGGAGCCAUUAAUUACGGAAGGGGGCCACUAAUUAAGAGGGCCGUAAAUUACGGCCGGGCGCUAUUAAUUCCUUAAUUAAGUUCUCCCCAGAUUGGCAGCCCUUAGUUACAGAAGGGGGCAAUUAAUUCCUUAAUUCCUUAAUUACUCCCCACGUUAGGAGCUAUUAAUUACAGAAGGGGGCCACUAAUUAAGGGGGCCGUAAAUUACAGCCGGGCGCUAUUAAUUCCUUAAUUAAGUCCUCCCCACAUUAGCAGCCAUUACCGAGAGAAGGGAGAGAGGGGAGGGGAGGGGGGGGAGGGGGGGGGAGAAGUGAACUCCUUAAUUACUGCGUUAAUUGCUUAAUUGCUGGCGCCAUGCCCCGCCCCCAGGCCCGCUUCCGCCGCCUGCGGCGCUGGGCCCGACUGCUGGUGCUGCAGAACGGGGCUCUGUGCGACGAGUUGGCCCGCAUCGAAAGCAAAUGGCUGCAGGCCCGUUGCGAACGCCGCUUCCUCCUGGCGCGUCUCCUCCGGCACCGGGCCGCCGCCGCCGCCACCGCCACCGCCGUACAGCCACCGGUGCAGCCGGGGAGGAGGGCGAGGAGGAGGAGCGGCGGGGGGAGGAAGGGGGAGGGAGGGGGGGAGGAUAGGGGAGGGGGGGAUGGGGGGUGGGGGGAAGGGAGGAGGCAGGAAGGGGGGUGGCAAGAUGGCCGACGGCAUGACGGGCGGCGGCAAGAUGGCGGGUGGCAAGAUGGCCGAGUGCAGGAUGGGCGGCUGCAAGAUGGGCGGCGGCAAGAUGGCGGGUGGCAAGAUGGCCGGCUGCAAGAUGGCCGACUGCAAGAUGGGCGGCAGCAAGAUGGCGGGUGGCAAGAUGGCCGACUGCAAGAUGGCGGGUGGCAAGAUGGCCGACUGCAAGAUGGCCGACUGCAAGAUGGCGGGUGGCAAGAUGGCCGGCACCAGGAUGGCCGAAUCCAAGAUGGCCAACUGCAAGAUGGCGGGUGGCAAGAUGGCCGACAAGAUGGCCAACAUCAAGAUGGCGGGUGGCAAGAUGGCCGACACCAAGAUGGCCGACUGCAAGAUGGCAGGUGGCAAGAUGGCCGACAACAAGGUGGCCAACACCAUGAUGGCCAACUGCAAGAUGGCCGACAGCAAGAUGGCCGACCUCAAGAUGGCGGCUGGCAAGAUGGCGGUCAUGAAGAUGGCGGAAGCCAAGAUGGUGGAAGGGGAGAAGAUGGCGGAAACCAAGAUGGCGGAUGGCGAGAUGGCGGCCAUCGUGGGGGCUGGCAAGAUGGCCGACACCAAGAUGGCGGCCAUUUUCAAGAUGGCGGCCUCCACUCUGCCAGGCGCUUUCAAGAUGGCGGUCUCUGCGCUGGCGGCCAUUUUCAAGAUGGCGGCCGCCACGCCGGAGCUCAGCGCGACGCCUUGAGGCCAAUUAACGCCCGGGAGGAAUCAAUUAACCGCCCCAUCAACGAAGCCCUUAUUACCUCCGGGCCCAUUGACGAGCCGCUCGUUAACCCCGCCGUAAUUAACCCCGGGGCCGAGCCGCUAACGAACUCCCACAUCCAAUUAAGACCGACGCGCCCCGUUAACGAAGCCCUCAUGAACCCCUCAAGCUCGGUGGCCCCCGCCGACCCCGCGGCCAUUACCGAGGCGCUCGUUAGCGGCGCUAAUGAGGAGGAGGAUAAUGAGGAUAACGAGGAGGACGACGACGACGACGAUGACGAUGAGGCCGCGCUGUUCCCCUAUGGGGACAUCUUCCUGCACAGCCCCUGAGAGCA